AGCAAGCCCCCACACAUUUCGCGGACCCUAGUCGGCAACCACUACUAUAUAUACUCCUCUCUCGACAUCUUCAUGUAUCAUCAAAUUACAUAGGUGCUAAAACGAAGCUCUCUUUUCUUCAUCUUCAUUUGGUUGAUUCCCUAUAUCCACUCUCAAGAUGCAGAUCUUUGUAAAGACACUCACAGGGAAGACCAUCACAUUGGAAGUGGAGAGCUCAGACACAAUUGACAACGUUAAAGCAAAGAUCCAAGAUAAGGAAGGCAUUCCCCCAGACCAGCAGAGGCUGAUCUUUGCCGGCAAGCAGCUUGAGGAUGGUAGGACACUUGCAGACUACAAUAUUCAGAAGGAGUCAACACUCCAUUUAGUGCUGCGCCUGAGGGGAGGGAUGCAGAUCUUUGUCAAGACCUUAACAGGGAAGACCAUCACUUUAGAAGUAGAGAGCUCAGAUACUAUUGACAAUGUGAAAGCUAAGAUUCAGGAUAAGGAAGGUAUUCCUCCAGAUCAACAAAGACUGAUCUUUGCUGGUAAGCAGCUUGAUGACGGGCGUACCCUUGCUGAUUAUAACAUUCAAAAGGAAUCAACACUCCACCUUGUCCUUCGUCUGCGUGGUGGCAUGCAAAUCUUUGUCAAGACCUUGACUGGGAAGACCAUCACUCUUGAGGUGGAGAGUUCUGAUACUAUUGACAAUGUGAAAGCUAAGAUUCAGGACAAGGAAGGCAUUCCCCCAGAUCAGCAGCGACUGAUUUUUGCUGGCAAGCAGCUCGAGGAUGGGAGGACACUUGCAGACUACAACAUUCAAAAGGAGUCAACACUCCAUUUGGUGCUGCGACUGAGGGGAGGCAUGCAGAUCUUUGUCAAGACCUUAACUGGGAAGACCAUCACAUUGGAAGUGGAGAGCUCAGAUACAAUUGACAAUGUUAAAGCAAAGAUUCAGGACAAGGAAGGCAUUCCUCCAGACCAGCAGCGACUGAUUUUUGCUGGCAAGCAGCUCGAUGAUGGGAGGACACUUGCAGACUACAACAUUCAAAAGGAGUCAACACUCCAUUUAGUGCUGCGACUGAGGGGAGGGAUGCAGAUCUUUGUCAAGACCUUGACUGGGAAGACCAUCACUCUUGAGGUGGAGAGUUCUGAUACUAUUGAUAAUGUUAAAGCAAAGAUUCAGGACAAGGAAGGCAUUCCCCCAGAUCAGCAGCGACUGAUUUUUGCUGGCAAGCAGCUUGAGGAUGGGAGGACACUUGCAGACUACAACAUUCAAAAGGAGUCAACACUCCAUUUGGUGCUGCGUCUGAGGGGAGGGAUGCAGAUCUUUGUCAAGACCUUAACAGGGAAGACAAUCACAUUGGAAGUGGAGAGCUCAGAUACAAUUGACAAUGUUAAAGCAAAGAUUCAGGACAAGGAAGGUAUUCCUCCAGACCAGCAGCGACUGAUUUUUGCUGGUAAGCAACUUGAGGAUGGGCGCACCCUUGCAGACUAUAACAUCCAGAAGGAGUCCACCCUUCACCUUGUGCUUCGUCUUCGUGGUGGUGGCUUUUAAAAAGUUUACACCCAUGGUUCUGUCCUUGAUCUUUAAUAAUCUUUUUAUGUCUAUUUUGCUGGAAGUGUUGCUUCUGGCUAUUGAACAAUGUUUGUUUUUAUGAUUAAAUAUUCUUAUUAUGUUGUAUAGAUCAUUCAUGUUUUAUUUAUUCAACUUACACUUUUAAGGUUUGCUGGUCCAAGCAAUUCAA